GGGUCCCCGGCGGGCCGCUCACUUCCGCCCGACGCGCGGCUGGGGGCGGAUGGAGGCGGCGCGGAGGCCGCGGCAGGGGCUGCGCCGCCGGAGGCCGUCCUCGGGGGGCGGCGGCCGCGGGGGGCCCCUCCCGGGGGAUAGCGGCGGGUGCGCGCGGCCGUGGGCGGAGCUGCUGCGAGCUGGGAGCGCGGACCUGAGCCCCGACGGAGAGCUGCCGUCGCUGCCUGCCUUCCCCGGCCCGGAGCCCGGCCGGGGUCCCGAGCGCACCGCGCCCCCCGAGGUGUUCACCGUGGGAGCCCGGACCUUUUCCUGGACGCCCUUCCCACCGGCCCCGACGGGAGGCGGGGACCCCGGGCGCUCCUACCGGGUGCUGCUUGGGGCCCGGGCGCGCUCGGGGCCCCCUGCCCGGUCCCCGCAGCGACGCCCCGCGCCUGAGCCCCGCGGGACCCCCGGCGCCCAGGAGCAGCUGUGGGAGGCGACCCUGCGGAGCUGCCCCAUGUGCCAGGCCGACUUCGCCCCCAGUCUGGCCCCGCUGGACAUCGAUGGCCACCUUGCUCAGUGCCUGGCGGAAAGCACGGAAGACGUGGUGUGGUGAGCCUAGCCAGUGCGGAGGCCCAGCCUCCCCCUGCCGGAACCGUGUCCUCUCCGCCCUGGAAGCCACGUGUUAAAAUGUCAGUGUGGACUCCUGGUGUGGUGUGUUUGUAUCGGGACCGAAACCCGGGCUCCUCUCCCUUUUUGGCUGACGCUAAGCAGAGCGCUCUCCUGCCGUCCGGAAUGGACAGAGCCGCUCAGCAGAGGGACCAGGCCCAGGUGCAUGAGCUGAGACUCGUGAGCAGAACUGGCUGCAUCUGCGGACAGGCGGGGGCUGCACGUUUUCCUGCCUCCGCAGACCCCGCUCACACCGUGUUUUAAUUCCCCAGAUGAAGUGCUCAUUAUGCAGUGCCGGCCACCCCGGGCGGAAGACACCUCACCCACGGACGGGCGGGGACUUAAGGGGCGGGACCGGGCCAGGCGUCAUCGCAGUGGGCAGGCCAGUGUGCCAGAACAUUCCGCAUCAGCCAGGUGUUGGGCUUCCGGGGCCCGUGGAAAAUGGGGCACAAGAGCAUCUGUAGGUAGCUCUCCUUCCAGUGCUGAUGGCCCACAGAUUCUGGAAGAGCUGGGCUUUUGUGGCACCCACCGUGGCCGCAGAGCAGUGGUGGCAGGGAGCGGGUCACGAGCCAUGAAGACCGUGGAGGAACCUAACUGCACGUGACCAAGGGAAAGAUGCCAGUCUGCAGACCGCAUGCUGCGUGACCCCCUGUAGGGGCUUCUGGAAAAGGCAAAACUACAGAGACAGUCGAGAGACCUGUGGGCACCACGGACGGGCACACGGGACUUCGGGCGUGUGCACCAAUCUGCACUGGUGGGUACAUGUCAUCAUUUUGUCCAAACUGUGCGCUGCGCCCCCAAGAUGUGCACCCAGCACCCUGGGGACGAUGACAUGUUUGUGCGGUUUGUCCGCGGUCACAAGUGGCCCCUGGGAAGGGAGGGGGGGGUGGCGGUACAUGGGGGCAGGGGCACGUGGGAAAUCUCUGCAGAUGCCCUGCAAUUUUGAUAUGAACCUAAAACUGCUCUAUAAAAAGUCUAUUUUUUAGAAAACGCUUUCCAGGGCGCCUGGGUGGCUCAGUGGUUAAGCGACUGCCUUCCGCUCAGGUCAUGAUCCCAGGGUCCUGGGAUGGAGCCCUGCAUCGGGCUCCCUGCUCCACGGGAAGCCUGCUUCUCCCUCCUGCUCCCCCUGCUUGUGUGCUCGCUCUCUAAUAAAUAAAAUCUUAAAAAAAUAAUAAAAUAAAAACACCUUCCAAAACUGCUGCUUUCUGGAAACACCUAGUUUUAUCAGAAAUAAUAGCAUGCGUGUUCCUCUAAGUCUUUCUUUAGUGGAUGCGAGAAGCCUGCCCGGCCUUGGCCCGCAAACGCCAGCUGUGGGAGGAAGAUGGCUGGGGACGGGCGCUGCCCGCUCACCGCGCCAACCACAGACUGCGCCGGCCAUGGCCACGGUGUCUCCAUCCACAGGCCAUCCAGACAACCCAUGCCGCUCGCCAAUGUUGGGGCUGCUGCUUCCCACCCCCACUGCAGUGCUACCUUCCCCUUCUUGAAUUUAUAAAGCAGACGGCUCUACGUGUCCCCGAGGCACCAGCCCGGCCAUGUGCACACGUCUGCACAGGACCCGCCCAGCUGGAACCCGAGCCGCUGUUUGGCAGCAAGAAAUCAAUGCUUUCAGUCUCAACAAAUCCAGGGUCCCCGUCCUGUUGGAACAGACGCUGUCAUUGUGCCCAAGGGGGCUCUCAGCAGCCGUUUGUUAUCCCCUCCUGGGCACACGGGGCUCUCCCCCUCCCCGUGUGACAUCAGCCCGUCCCAGGGCUCCGCUCACCAGUCCCGACUGACCGCCUAGCCCUCGGGCGGACGCCGUGCUAUGGAUGUCAGCUCCAGGCUGUGACCCCCGUGAGACCCAGAAGUUGGCCCUCGGGAUCUGCUCUGGGGUCCCUAAUUUCUGUCUUUGGAGGCAAGUCUUCCCGGUUGCAAUUGCAUCACUGGUUGAGACAAGUCUCUGUGUUGUAGAAAAGCUACUCUGCAACCGGGGUGGAAUGUUCGUGGGUCUUCUAGAUUUAUUAUGUAAGGCUAGGGGCACCUACACGCAGAUGUUUUUAAAUUUUCUAAUUCUGAGCAUACUUAUUACCGGUAAAAAUAUUUUUUUGAAGAUUUAAUACAGGAUAUCACGGAGCUUAGUGUUUGCAGAAAUAUUUUGUGCAGAUUUUGUUUUCAACUUCCUUACCUUUUUUGGUCUCCGGGUGCUUCUGUCAGCAGCAGGAUCCGUCUGGAUGCCGUGUGGCCUCCACGCUGGACCAUGGCGACGCACGGGUGUGACACACGUGUUAAAUAUUAACAGAAACCUACCGGGAUUUAGAAAACGUUCCAAAUUUGUAAAUUCUUCAUCGCAGUGCGUCCCUGCGGGCACUCGGACUCCCGUCCCCAGUCCCCAGCCACCACUUGGCACAGACCCCGCCCGCUCUGGGGCCUCCCGUGUGGGUGUCGCCCGCGACUCUGGGCAGGUG